CCCCCCCCGGGCUUCAUUGCCACCUACCUCAUUUAUAUUAUACUAAACAGGCACCGCAACUGCUUGCUACUAAGGGCUCUUCCAAUCCAUCUGAGGUACCUAUCUGAACACACCAUAUGUCAGAUUCCCUCUCAAGUUCUAAGUAUGGCGUCACCUAUCUCUACUGCAGAACCCAAAGGCGAGCCGUCCCAACCUGAAGCAAUGGUGGACAACGGCGAAGCGACAAAACUCAAAGAAAAGCAAGCCCAUUCGGAAAAUCCACCAGCGCGAACUUUUCAUUACGAACAACUUCCUUACGACCUUCAAUACGAAGUGCUCCGCUCACUCGACUACUCUACCGCAACUUUACUGACAUCCGCAAAUCGUUAUUUCCACAAUGUACUUUCUCCAAUGCUAGAAUAUGCGGUUCCCGUCCCCGAACGACUGGAAGGAUGCAAAAAAGUCGACCAAAACACUCGAAGUAAAUUUUGGGCUUGUUACAGAUGUCUAAAAGUUCUUCCGAGGUCAUCUUUUGGGGAUCAACACGCAGCCAUGAAAGGCUCACAGCGAGCAAACGCACAGACGUUACGUAAAUCGCGCCGCUGUUGGGACUGUGCCAUCGAGAACAACUACUACGCGGACCUUCGACCUGUCAAGAAGGAUAGAGUCUUGUACUACCCUUGCCAUGACUGUGGACUUCUUGGCACAGAGUUCAACAGGUGUCGGGGCGAGCACGUAUCCCGCAACGUCGUCAACAGACAGUGCUCCAAAGACAAGCAACUCUCGCCUUUGGAACGUCUUUCCACGGGAAUUCUCCAGCAAACUAUUGGCUACUUGGACUGCCUUGACACCAUACAUCUACGCAUGGCUAGUUGCUCGACGAUGCAUCAAAUCAAGCUUGAUUGGGUACCCAUCCAUAAGCGCUUUGCCUUGGUUUUGACGAAAGAAGCGCCUCUCAUUGAGUUGGUAUACCCAGAGAUUUUCAAGCUUAAGGACGAAAGUGCCAGCCCGGUUGCGAGGGAGAUGCCUAGACAGGAACACCCGUACCCUUGCUAUAGCUGCUUCAAAGUUAAGAUUGCCGCCAAAUUUCCCAGCAAGACUCUACAAUUUGCGCAGGAAGAGCCGAAUCGCUUCUGGCAGCGCCGGUGCAAAGAUUGCUGCACGCUCGCGGCUAACGACCAGGAGAUAUUGACUCUGUGGCUCCAGCGUCGCCUUUGCUCUGACUGCGGGUUGGUGAGGGUCAGGGGGGAAGCUUGCCUUGGUUGCGCAGAGGCACAGGAUACUUGCUGAAAACGCAUUCGGCCACGACGAGUCUGAAGCGAAACUACAGUACCUAGUCACUUCGACUGUGAAGUAAGAGAAAUACCU